AUGACGCAGGUAGAAAAUGCCGACACACCCGGCUUCUACCUACCACACCACGCGGUCAUAAAACCCUCCAGCACGACCACGAAACUCCGCGUAGUUUUCGACGGAUCAGCCAAAACAAGCAACGGAUUGUCAUUGAACGACGCGUUAAUGGUAGGCCCUACCAUUCAAGACGACCUAUUCUCCUUACUCCUACGCUUCAGAAUGCAUGCAUUCGUUAUCACCGGAGACAUCGAAAAAAUGUACCGCCAAUUCCUCGUACGAGCGGAGGACCGCGCGUACCAACGCAUCUUGUGGAGAGACGACCGCGGCAAUCUGAAAACGUUCGAAUUAAAUGUAAUCACGUUCGGACUCUCGUCGGCCCCAUAUUUAGCGAUAAGGUGCCUUCAUCAGCUCGCAGAUGAUGAACAAGACAAAUUCCCAAACGCAACAGCAAUUGUUAAGCGAGAUUUAUACGUCGACGAUCUCCUCACCGGUGCCGACACCUUAGAAGAAGUUCGGCACAUUCAAAACCAAAUAGGCAAACUGCUCAGAAAGGGAGGACUUAACAUCCGACAGUGGGCAUCCAACGAACCAAACCUUCUCGCAGGAAUUGAUGCGGAUCAAAUUCAUCCAAAAAUCUUUGGAGAUACUGCGAUAAUGAAAACAUUAGGUUUGUCCUGGGACGCGCGAAAUGAUACCAUUCGAUACACCGUCGAGCUUCCGGCCACAAACAAGGUCAGCAAGCGAACCAUCUUAUCGACCAUUGCCAAAAUCUUCGAUCCAUUAGGCACACUUGGACCCGUUACGAUCACCGCCAAGCUCUUGAUGCAACGUCUUUGGCAAUUAAAGGUCAACUGGGAUGAAUCGCUUCCCGCCAACAUCCAUACCGAAUGGACUACAUAUGCCACCGAACUACAAACACUCAACAACGUUGAAUUCAGUCGUCACGCAGCAUUGAGAGAAUCUCAACGAAUGGAGAUUCACGGAUUUUGUGAUGCAAGCGAACGAGCGUACGGAGCCUGUUUAUACUUGCGUUCGAUAAAUAGAUCUGGCCUCAUCGAAACGCGCCUCCUUUGUGCGAAAUCCCGCGUCGCACCUCUAAAAAGCAUCACCCUCGCUCGCUUAGAACUGUGCGGCGCCGUACUACUAACAUCGUUAUAUGCAACCGUCCGCAAGGCCAUCACCCACAACAUCCACGAAGUGUUUCUAUGGACCGAUUCCACUAUCGUACUAAACUGGAUCAACAAACAACCUUGCACGUUAAAAACAUUCGUGGCCAAUCGCGUAGCUGAGAUACAGAAAACAACAGACAUCGCGUUUUGGCGCCACGUCAAAUCAGAAGACAACCCUGCGGAUCUAGUCUCUCGAGGAGUAACACCCGCACAAUUCCUCCACAACUCCCUCUGGUUUCACGGACCCAAGUGGUUUUCAACCGAUCAGACCAAAUGGCCAGAGUCAAGAUACAGCACAUCGAACGAACUUCCCGAACUAAAGAAACUCACGUGUCUCGUAACCUCAACCAUUCGAAGCGACGAAAUACUCACUCGGUACUCCUGUAUCAAGAAACUCACUCGCAUUGUGGCCUACUGUCUUCGUUUUCGCCCCAACCGACGCAUCGCCGGACCUUUAACUGUCGAAGAAAUUCGAGACGCCAACUUAAAAAUCAUCACGCUCGUACAAUACAAUACAUUUCAGCAAGAUAUCAAAGACCUCAAAACCGGAAAAUUCCACCCAAAGAGUAAACUUCGGUCUCUCCACCCUUUUCUGGACAAAAGGGGAAUGUUACGUGUGGGAGGGCGAUUACAACACUCCAAUUUACCUUUUGCACAAAAACAUCCCAUCUUAUUACCAAGGGGAAAUCAUUUAACCGACCUCAUCAUUCGUGAGUCUCACGUGAAAAAUCAUCACUCAGGCGUAACGGCAACGUUAUAUAACGUCCGACAGAAAUACUGGCCCAUCGACGGAAAAAACACCACACGGAAGAUCAUUCGUCAAUGCGUAAAGUGUUUCCGGGUCAACCCACCCGCCGUCGAAUACCUCAUGGGUAAUCUACCUGCGGCACGCGUCACCGAGAACCGACCGUUCUACAACUGCGGAGUCGACUACUGCGGUCCGUUCUAUAUCAAAGAAAGACGCUACCGAAACCGAGCUCGAGUCAAAACCUACGUCGCGAUUUUUACCUGCUUCGCCACUAAGGCCGUACAUCUUGAAGUAGCGAGCGAUUUAACAACGGAAGCUUUCAUCGCGGCCUUUAAACGUUUCAUUGCACGACGAGGACUCUGUCGGAACGUUUACUCCGACAAUGGAACAAACUUUAUCGGCGCGGACAACGAAUUAUCGGAACUCUACAAGACCUUAUCAGACGACGAGAGGUUGCGUAGAUUCCUCACAGAUAAGGAAAUCUCAUGGCAUUUCAUGCCAGCAUUAUCACCACAUUUCGGCGGAUUGUGGGAGGCCGCAGUCAAAUCCUUCAAACAUCACGUCAGACGGGUAGUCGGCGACGAACUCUUCACAUUCGAACAAUUCAACACAUUUGUAAUUGAAACCGAAGCCAUUUUAAAUUCUCGCCCGCUCACACCUCUUUCAACCGACCCCAAUGACCCAUCCGCUCUCACUCCUGGUCAUCUCUUGAUUGGUAAUUCUUUGACUUGCCCUGCCGAGACUGAUUUCAGGACAACACCGACCAAUAGACUUUCACAUUGGCAACACAUCCAGAAGGUUAAACAAGACUUCUGGUCUAGAUGGCAUAAGGAAUACAUCCAUCAACUCAACGUUCGGCAGAAAUGGACCACAGGGUCCCACAAUAUCAAAGAAGGGACAGUGGUCGUUCUCAAAGAAGACAACCUUCCCCCCCUUUGUUGGCACUUGGGUCGCAUACAACAAGUGAACCCGGGGGCAGACCGCAUCAUCCGAGCAGUUACCGUACGAACAGCAAACGGCGUCUACAAGCGGAACGUCAAACGAUUAGCACCACUACCCGACGCAGAAUCUCCCUAA